AAAAAAACUAUUUUUUUUAUCUUCAAAAUCCUGAGUUAAGCCAAUUCAUCCAAACAGUUCAGCUCUUCCUCCCCAACUCGCCGUCUCCACCGCGACGCCGCCGCCCUACCUACCCUCCCAUCGGCAGCGCCACUCUGCAUCGCCGCCCCCAUUCUUGGUAUAAUUCCCCUUCUUCUAUCUGCGUAAAUGAAGCUCUGCUGUCAUCCUCUUCAAUCAGCCAUGAAGAUGAAACUACCUCUUUGAGCUUCAAAUGGGGAAAAAAAUGAACCUAUCACCUCGUAUAAUCUCCCCUUUAGCUUCCAAUUUACUCACAAAAACUUCCCAUUUCUACACUCAAUUCCACCAAAAUCCAUAUUCAACUCAUUCACUCCAAGCUCUUCAAAAUUCCCCCAAUUCGAACAACCCCAUCAUCACUUCUAUAUGUAAUUCACUACGCAGAGGAGAAAAUUGGCAAGUCUUAACAAAAAAGUUUCAAUCUUUUCACUUUACUGACCCAAUUGUUCAAGAAGUGCUCUUACAGCUCAAAGAACCUCAUGAUGCCAAAAAUGCCCUCAGUUUCUUCCAUUGGUCAGCAAAAAGUUUUAAUUCUCGACAUGGGGUUUUCAUUUAUUGCAUUAUAAUUCAUAUUCUUGCUAAAUCUAAGCUUGUUAGACAUGCCAAUGCGUUGAUUGAAUCUGUUUUGAGGAAAGAAUCAGGGGUUGAUGAACAUGUGUUUAGUGUUCUUGAUUGUUUAAUUGGAAGUUAUAAAUUAGCUGAUUCGUGUUCGUUUGUGUUUGAUUUGUUUGUGCAAUGUUGUGCUAAGUUGAGAAUGAUAGAUAAGGGUCUUGAUGUUUGUAAAUUGUUGGAUGGAAAUGGAUUUAUGCUUAGUUUAAUUAGUUAUAAUACUCUGCUACAUGUCGUGCAAAAGUCAGAAAAGACUUCGAUGGUUUGGGGUAUCUAUGAGUAUAUGAUUGAAAAAAGGAUAUACCCGAAUGAAAUGACAACUAGAAUUAUGAUUAGUGCUUUGUGCAAACAAGGGAGGUUACAGAGAUUUUUGGAUGUUGUGGAGAAAAGUCAUGGAAAAAGAUGUCGACCUGGGGUUGUUGUGAAUACGUGUUUGAUAUAUGGGAUGAUUGAGGAAGGUAGAAUUGAAGACGGGUUGAGGUUGAUGAGGAGAAUGUUGCAAAAGAAUAUGAUACUUGAUACAAUUUCUUGUUCGUUGAUCGUUCUUGCAAAGGUGAAGAUGAGAGAUCUGGAGUCUGCUUGGGGGGUUUAUGAUGAAAUGCUUAGGCGGGGUUUUGAAGGGAAUGCACUGGUGUACGAUUCAUUCAUUGGGGCAUAUUGUGAGGAGAAGCGGAUAGAUGAAGCGAUUAAGUUGAUGGACGAAAUGGAGUGUUUGAAUAUGAAACCAUUUAGUGAAACAUUUAAUCACCUGAUUAAGGUUUGUUCAGAAGUGGGAAGAUUAGAAGAAAGCUUGAAAAUUUGUGAUAAAAUGAUAGGAAAUGGGCUCCUUCCUAGUUGUUUAUCUUUUAAUACGCUUGUUGCCAAGCUUUGUGAAAAUGGAAGUGCAAAGUGUGCUGAUAAGCUAUUGACUACUCUAAUGGAUAAGGGUUUCAUUCCAGAUCAAAGCAUCUAUAGUUACCUCAUUGUUGGUUAUGCCAACGUCGGUGACGUUGAGGGAGCACUUAAGCUUUAUUAUGAAAUGCAAUAUAGGUCGAUCUCUCCUAAUACUUCUAUUUUUGAUUAUUUAAUUAUUGCUUUGUGUGAAUGUGGGAGAUUGAAAGAAGCGGACGAAUUUCUAUCUUUAAUGAUUGGUCAAUCCUUGACACCAAGCAUUCAUGUUUAUAAGAAAUUGAUCGCAAGACACUUGGAGAGGGGUGAUGAAACAAGGGCUAAUUAUCUGUACAGACAAAGACGUACCGAGAUUGACAACAUACAAUAGAAUAUUUCUGAGCUUUCUACUUUAUUUGCAAUGCUAUCUUGUUGUAUCAGUAAGCAGAUUAAAGUUGCUUCGCACAACUUCCUUUGUGAUGGCAUUGGUGAAUGUUUGUGGCAGGUUGUAACGUGAUCAAUAUUUAUCCAUUGCACAUGCAUAUACCUUCUACCCCUUGCCUGCUUGUUCUAAAUAUGUUAUUUCUUUUUCUAGUACUGGAUGGAUGAGAGUGAUGGUACAAGUGAUUCCGUACUAAAGCAUAAACCUAUCUGGGCUACUUAUAACCCGAAGUGGAAGAAGGAGAAGAAAAGAACAGUAGAAAAGAAGAAACAAGGUGAUCUGCACGGCACAUAUGGUACCAAAGUCUUUCAAGUGUUUGUUCUGUCUUUAGCAGAUAUGGAUGAACAUCUUAUAAUGGAAGACGGAAGUCUUGUUUGGACAUGUAAAGAUGUAGUUAUUGUACUCCAACAUCAGAAUGAUAAGAUACCUUUGAGAAUCGUUUCAAGCUUUGUGGUUGGACUCUUCAAAAAUAUCAACAAGUGCGCAUCGGAUCCAACAUGGAUGCAACAACUUUCCAUCUAUUAUUUGAGUGUACUUAUUCUGCAGCUACAUGGAUUUGAUGAACAACUUCCCAUCUAUUAUUUGAGUGUGCUUAUUCUGCAGCUACAUGGAUUUGAUGGUAUCCUGGAGCUUGUCAAGCUCAUUAUUGUGGAGAUAUUAUAUACAGAGACGGAGUCAGCAUUUGAAGCUUAUGAGUUCUACAUUUUGUUUUUGUUAAGAUGAAUUCUUCCAAGUUUGAUGACAAAAGGUUUAUUUA